CCAUUGAAACAAUUGGCAAUUCUUGUAACCUCUGACCCUAAGCAAGACUCGUCGUGCGGUGGCGUUUUUAAUUUCCAAGUUUCCAGUUUAUAAUUUGGAAUUAUCCUGAUGUGAAGCUUAAAUCUGCUGGAACAAGUUUGUUUUUGAUGUAGCCUUUGAGAAUGGUUCGCUUCAAACACAGGUAUGUCUUGGCUGAGCUUGUAUUCGGCAAUGACCUGUUGGUGUACAACGUCACCCAGCGUGUUGUGUAUGCUGCAGUACGGGACAUAAUAGAACAGCUGCAUGGUGGAUACGGUAUAGGACUCUUCACCCCAGGAAUGUCAGUGAAGUACAUCAAUGAGUACACGCGGAUGGUGAUGGUACGGUGUCGGAGGGAGAACCUGAAGAUACUGGCCUCUGCCAUUCCAUUCAUCAAACACCUGCCAGAUGGCAAGGGAGGACAGUUUCCAUGUUUCCUGAGAACACUACAUGUAGGAGGAAGUAUAAAAGCCUGCCAGAAGUGGCUGGUACAACACAACAGACAAGUCCUACCCACCCUGCUGCUGAGGUGCACAAGUGAAGAGGAAAAAUCCAGAAUGAGGAAGUCCAUUUUCGAUAGUACCAUCGUGAAGGAAGAGCCCUGGACUGAAGGGAAAAAUGACACAUAGCUUUCAUGGUACAGAUGUCAUGCCAUGUGAAGUGGGAUGUCUGGAUAUUUUUUUUCUGUUGUACAACAAAAUUCAAUUAUCACUGUAUAAUGUCACGUUUCCUGUAUCAAAUCAUGAUGAAAGUUGCAAAUGCAACAUUUAUGAGUAUUUUCAUAUUUCAAAGUCUCUAUUAAAUGAUUGUUGUUUGUACAUAAUACUUGUGAAUUAGUUUAUUUUUACAGUACUAGAACAAAACAUAACAUGUUUUGAACAUUCAUAUUGACAAACUCCAACUGUGUUUUGUGACUUGCACUCUUGAUUGUGUUUCGUACUCAAAGUCAGAAUUAGAGUACUAAGUAUACAGAACAUUUCUACUACAACUGCUUAAGUUUGAUAUAGUCUCCAUAACUUUCCUUCAUAGCAAGCGUGUCAACCUUACAACUAAAUGACUUGUCAUUUAGUACAUUUAACAAUAUGUUGGAUCAACUUGUAUGGAUAUGUAAACAAACAGCAUAAGUAUACCAUAUCCAAUUGUCAUUUAGCUCUUGUACAAAUAUAAAGCCCUUUUUUUCUCAACUUGCCAGCAUUACACAAUUACAUGUGUACAUAUCUAUAUAAACAUUCUUUUCAGAAAUGAAUAGUAUAUCUUAGCAUACUGCAUCUCGAGCCGCGAAAUAAAAA